AGGAAGUCCUGCUGGCCCUCGGGUCCGAACUCUCAGGUCUGUGGCUGCAUGUCACAGGAAACCAAACCUAAAAGGGACCUAUCAGGAGGUUUUCUGCUGAAGGGCACUGCUCAGCAUUGAGAACAAUUCAAGCCACAGCCUUACUAAUUUCCAGCACCCCCGAGGUCUCUGCAUCGCCCUCCUCACAGGAGACGGUAGCCUCAGCCCAGCGCCCUUGGUGCCUUCCACGCUGUUCAGGCUGAGUUGAAGAUCCCUCCCUCUUAUCUGCUGGGUGCCAAGAACUAUGAACAGGCAGGGCAAUAGAAGGACAACUAAAGAAGUAUCCAAUGAUUUGAAAUUCCAGAACUUCAGUCUGCCGAAAAACAGGUCAUGGCCUCACCUCAAUAGUGACACAGGCCAGUACCAGAGGAUUAACAAGCCUCUCCCCAACUGGGAAAGAAACUUUCCCGCAGUCCUGGAUGGAGCAAAAAGCCACAGUAAUGAUGACUAUGAAGACCCUGAGCUUCAGAUGGAAGAGACGUGGCAGUCGAUUAAAAUUUUACCUGCCCGCCCUAUAAAGGAAUCUGAAUAUGCAGAUACACGCUAUUUCAAGGGUGCAAUGGACACUUCCCUUCCAUUAGACACCAGGACCUCUAUCCCCAUUGGACAGCAAGCCUGGAACACACAGAUGAAGUUGGAAAGAGUGGGCAAACCCAUUUCCAAGGACAUCAGGAGCCAAAACAUAAAAGGAGACACAUCUUUAAGGAAGAACAAGAUUCCUUUACCACCUCCUCGGCCUCUGAUCACACUUCCGAAGAAGUACCAGCCCUUGCCCCCUGAGCCAGAGAGCAGCAAGCCAUCUUUCUCUCAAAGACACACAUUUCCGGAAGUCCAGGGAAAGCCCAGUCAGAUAACCUUAAGGGACUUAAGUGAGGUCCUUGAAGCAGAAAAAGUUCCUCAUAACCAGAGGAAGCCUGAAUCAACUCAUCUGUUGCAAAACAAAAACACUCAAGAGAUUCCACUUGCCAUUAGCAGUUCUUCAUUCAUAACAAGCAACCACAAUGUGCAAAACAGAGAACAUAGAGGAGGCAUGCAGUCCUGUUCUCCUCAGAGAUGCCAGUCUCCAGCCAGCUGCAUCCCUCAUGAAAAUGUACCGCCCUAUAAAUACACAAGCCGGAGGCCACCUUUCCCUGAAAGGUCUGAUAGAAAGGAUAUCCAGCACAAUGAAUGGUACGUUGGAGAAUACAGUCGCCAGGAAGUGGAAGAGGCAUUAAUGAAGGAGAACAAGGAUGGUUCUUUCUUGGUCCGAGAUUGUUCCGCAAAAUCCAAGGAAGAGCCUUAUGUUUUGGUUGUGUUUAAUGGGAACAAAGUCUACAAUGUAAAAAUCCGCUUCCUGGAGAGGAAUCAGCAGUUUGCCCUGGGGACAGGACUCAGAGGAAACAAGAAGUUCGAUUCAGUGGAAGCCAUCAUCGAACACUUCAAGUAUUUUCCCAUUAUAUUAAUUGAUGGGAAAGAUAAAACUGGGGCCCACAGGAAACAAUGUUACCUGACUCAGCCACUCUCUCUCACCAGACACUUUUCACCUCUGUAGUGGUCUUUGUGUUAUCUUUGGUUUCCUGGAUUCAAUGCUUCCAUUGUUUUCAUUGAUUUCAAAAGAUUAUUUUCUGUGUCUUCCAAAGAUGAUUUUUUUGACAUUGUAGAAAAGAAAAGCACUCUAGAACAGAAAGUGGAAAAUCAAUCACAAUUUUAAAAGUUCAAACCAUAGAGAAAAUGUUUAUUUUCAAACCACAGAGAAAAUAAAAACAUUCUAGUAUUUGGCCACUGGAAAGUAAGUAAAAAUAAAUAAAAACU